AACAGAUUGGUUUCAAUUCUUGGUAAACGAAACAUCAAUUUCUUACAGCAGCACUAUCCAACACAAGCACACAAACACAGGCUUACAUCCUGUUAUUUUAAACAGGAAAUUAACAGAAGGGUUUCGCUGACUGUCCUUUAAGUGUGCUGAGUCCACAAUCCUGAUGCAAAUGAAAGAUAGGAAAUCACAGAUUAUAAUACCAUACUCCACAACAACUCACCACAAUGUAAAAAACGUAUCUGAGAGUUCUGCUUUUGGAAAAGACUCCCGCCCAUGGGUUGUCUUUCUUAAACCGAACAUGUCCUACUCCCAUGCGUUUAUUUGCAGUAUCAUCAAAUUAUUGGACCUUAAUAAGAACACAGAAACUGAGCACACAUUUUACAGAAGCACUGAACAUCACAUCAAGGGAGAAUACGAUUCAGGACGAUAGUGUGAUUUGAUGGCCCCUGACAACAUGUCAAAUGAUGGAUUUAGAACUCAAACAUCCGGUAAGAACACACAUUCGACCACGUUGCCUAUACAGUACAACAUGUAUAAUAUGACUUGUAGCUGUAGCAUUUAUACAAAAAACCUAAGAUGUGCUUGAGGAAACAGGGACAAAGCUUUAAACAUUUAGUUAAAUUACACAUUUGCUUUGAUUGUUUUGUGGAUAUUCAUUGCGUUUUUGUUGAGGUGAUUUGUGUUUCAGUGCGGUGGGUUGGAGCUGCUACAGUGUGUCUGGGGACACUGUUUAUAAUCCUAUGCAUAGUGGCCCACAAUUCCAGUGUUCUCAAUCACAAUGACUCGAAGUGGGAACAGCUGAUCUCUAGCCUGACUAUGGACAGAAACACUGAGAGGGAUGAGCUAGAACAAAGAAAGAUUAAUUCCGGCAACCUGACAAAAGAGAUGGAGGUUCGCAAUUCUAUCGUUCUCAAUCACAUGGACUCGAAGUUUGAACAGCUGAUCUCUAACCUGAAUAUGGACAGAAACAUGAGGGAGGAGCUAGAACAAAUGAAGAUGCAUUCCAGCAACCUGACAGAAGAGCUGGAGGUUCUGCAGAGCAAAUACAACGCUGUGGCUGCAAGUCAAGAUAAACUACAAGAGGAGUUUAAAGGGUUAAGGAAACGUGUCCCUUGCCUCCAAGGAUGGAAAAGAUUCCAAGACAAGUGCUACUUCUUCUCUGCUAGUAGCGCGUCUAAAACCUGGCAAGGCAGCAGACAAGACUGUCAAGCGAGAGGAGCUGACCUGGCUAUUAUAACCACCCAAGAAGAGCUGGAUUUCCUCAGCAGAACUACAGCCAUAUCCUGGAUCGGUCUGUCUGACAUGGUGCAAGAGGGCAAGUGGAAGUGGGUGGAUGGGACUGAUCUGGUAGGUGUCGGAUUCUGGAAAAAGGGGGAGCCCAAUAAUCAUGGUGGAAAUGAGGAUUGUGUUGAGCAUUCAGAGAAAAAAUUUAAUGACGCCCCUUGUAAUACAGAAUUUGCAUGGGUUUGUGAGCGUUAGUCACCCAUUCUCUUCUCUCCUCUCCCCAUAGGCCUACAUGUUUUUUGAUUCAACCAUGAUUACAACGCCUUGAAAGAGAGAUAUUCAGUUUUUUUAAACCUUUGUUUGUCAAAAAGACCUUCAAAUGUCAUGUUUUUUCUAAAUUCCAUCUAUGAAACAAAUGGCACUAAAAGAAGUUCCCUUAAUCUUUACAAUAUUGCUUGGUAAUUUUGUUCUUUCUUUUUCAAUCAUUAGCCAUUUAAGCGAAAAGUACAAUGCACAAUCUUGUAUCUUUUGAAUGUUUUCUUCUACUCCUAAAAUAAAAACAUGGACAACAGAA